ACUGGCAUGUUCACUCACAUUCUGAGUUUAGUGGGAUUGUUCUCAAGCUGCUGCAGUCAAACUGUGCUCAGGGCUAGUUUCCUUUACCUCUGCUCUUUGAUCCAUCAUGAUAUUGUAUGUGAUUGUUCCCCUGUGUACUCUGUUCACCAUCACCCAACAGGUGACUUCAGCGGAUAAGUGUGUGUGUGAGUUGACUAAUACUGAGCAGGCAUUCCCUCAAGACAAACUCAGUACGGUGGAGGACAAUGCAUUAAAAUGCAACAGUGAGGUCACCGACCAGAAGACUCUGGAGUUGGAGAGUCUGCUGCUGGGUUUGGACCGACGUCUGCCCCAGCUGCAGGAAGACGUGUCAUUGCUGGAGAUGGAGGAUGAUGGAGAGCUUUAUGGAGUUCUCAGCCUGCAGGUGAUAGAGAAUGAAAUGAAGGACAUCAGGCAGCUCAUCGACAAACUCAACAGCACCACCUUGGGACACCAGCACCUCACUAUUACCACUGCUAAAAAGCUGGAGGACCUGAAAGCAGAGAUGAAGGAGCUGGAAAAGUACGACACCAUGCAGGUGGUGAAAAGACAAGAAGCCAACCAACGUCUGAAGAGAGAUCUGGACCAGUGUAGAAAUGGACUUCACCCCAUCAUCCAACCCACUCAGCCCCAACACAGUAACUGUCCACACGGUGUGUUUGUGAAUAUCACUGGGCCCAGGGUGUACACAGCAGGAGAGUUUCCUGGUUCUUACAAGUAUGGCGCUUGGGGUCGGGAUCCCAAACCAGAGACGGGGAAGGAGAGCUGGUAUUGGCUGGUAAUGAUGACCUCCAGCAACAGAUACUCCAACUACGUCCGCCUUUACUCCAGCCUUAGCUCUCUCAUUGUUGGGGUGAGCAUCCCAGGCAAUGUCCAGAUCCACCCCACUAACCCAACCACCAACACCAUCCAGGGCCCAAAUGUUGUUUUGUACAGCGGGGCCUUGUACUACAACUGUUACAACCAAGAUGCUAUUUGUCAAUUCAACCUCACCUCUAAAACUAUUACCAACUUACAACUACCAAAAGGCACCAGAUUUAACUCAAAGGGGAACUUCUGCCACCUUGAUGAAUGCUACCCGUUCACAGACCUGGACCUGGCAACAGAUGAAUCUGGAGUCUGGGUGAUCUAUACCACCACCCAGGACUUUGGCAACCUGGUGCUGUCCAAGGUGGAGGAGGGUGAAGAUCUGAUGCUUGGCCAAACCUGGCACACCUCAGUGUACAAGCUGGGGGUGACCAACACCUUCAUGGCCUGCGGCGUGCUCUAUGCCACACGGUACAUCAACAAAGAAAUGGAAGAAAUCUUCUACUUGUUAGACACCGUGACAGGGGUGGAGAAUUUCAACGUUGGAAUCUUCAUCAAAAAGAUGUCUCCCAACAUUUAUGCCCUCAACUACAGCCCUGUGGACCAGGAGCUACAUGCCUACUGUGACUCCUACAUGGUCUCAUAUAAGGUUUUGUUUGAGUAAAUGGAUAAUAGUAAUAGUAAUUUUAGUAAUAAUAGUAAUAGUAAUAGUAAUUUUCCAUAAUUCGGUACAUAAUGAAUCCAUCAAUAGUGACUAGCACAAGCAAAUAAAGGCUACUGAAACAUG